AUGGCUCAAGAAAAUAGAGAAGUUGUUUCUCCCGUCAACCCAAAUGUUGGUAUGAAGGCAACAAAGAUAGCAGACUUCACUAGGAUAAAUCCUUUGGAAUUUCAUGGAUUCAAAGUUUAUGAGGAUCCUCAAGAGUUCAUUGAUGAGAUAUAUAACAUGGUGGAGAUUGUGAGAGUGUCACUGUUCAACAAGGAAAGAGUGUCUAACCCCAAGUCUCAAGAAAGUGAUGGUGAUGGAUCUUCUACUCCCGCUUGCCAAAGAUGUGACAAGAUUUAUUCAGGAAAAUGCUUAGCUGGUACGGAUGGUUGCUUUAGUUGUGGAAAGAGUGGUCACAAAAUGAAGUAUUUUCCAACGCUUGCUACUAAGGGAAUGGAAGAAAAAUCAUCACCAAUAGUGAAUAAUGAAGAAAUAGAGGGAAUUAUACAACAACUGCCCAAAAAUGAUUAUUUAUGGAAUAAAUCUCUGUAUCAGUGGGAAGGAUUUUGGUCCAAUCUUGCCAUUAUAAAGGCAGCCCAGGUCUUCAAGGCAACCUUCAAAUCAGAACCUAAUGAUAUUCUCUUGGCAUCUUCCAUGAAAACAGGUUCAACAUGGCUCAAGGCCAUAUGUGUAUCCAUCAUGCAAGGUGGUAAAGAAGAAGAAGAAGAUCUUUUAGUUAAGGAUAAUCCUCAUUUUCAUGUUCCAACAAUAGAGGCCAUGGAUUAUUAUUCAAAAACUCCAACAUAUGAUCUAUACACAAUGCCCUCUCCAAGAUUAUUUCACACACAUUUACCUUAUAGGGUUAUGCCAGAUUCAAUAAAAAAUUCUGAUAAUUGCAAGAUUAUAUACAUAACAAGAAAUCCUAAAGAUACCUUGAUUUCUAUGUGGCAUUUCUUUAACUAUAAUCGUAAGCGUUUAGAAGAUCUCUCUCCUUUAGAAGAAGUUGUGGAGUACUUUUGCAAUGGGGUUCAUCAAUAUGGACCAUUUUUUGAACAUGUUCUUGAAUAUUGGGAAGAAAGUAAAAAAAGGCCUCAAAAAAUGCUAUUCUUGAAGUAUGAAGACGUGAAGAUAGACCCUAAGAAAGAGGUGGAAAAAAUAGCCUUGUUUCUUGGAAAACCUUUUGGUAAUGAAGAGGAUUUGGAGAUAGUUUUGAAGAAGUGUAGCUUGGAGAGGCUUAAGAAUUUGGAGGUUAAUAAGAGUGGAUCAAUCUUCUCUACUGUCCACAAUAAUGCAUUUUUCAGAAAAGGAAUUGUUGGGGAUUGGAAGAAUCACAUGACACCUGAAAUGGAAGAGCAACUUGACAAGAUUACCAAGUUGAAGCUUCAAGGGAGUGGCCUUGAAUUUGAUACUUAUAAACAAGAAGUAUUGAAAACACCGUGAACUACUUGAAGUGAAUUAUUAGUUUCAUUCUUGAAUUAUUGACAGUCUUAAAAACAUUCAUCUAUUUGGCUAACUCAAC